AACUGAAUCAUCGCUCCGAUCGAGAUCUGAUUAACCAAAUUCACUUCACAGCAAAUAUUACUAUAACCAAGGGUGCGCUAAGCAUGUUGCGAAAUACGAAACUCCUCAGCACCAGAUCCCAUCCAUUUAUACCUGUAACUACAAGAGCUGGUCAGCUGUGCCACCCAUCGGUAUCUUCCUACCAGCAUCGCUGCCUUGUGACUUCCCAAACCAUCCACAAAGAAAGACAUCUCGAGUCCGAUCUGGACCGGCAUCUACUCCGACCUGAGCAUAACGAGAAUACCAAGUCGGGCACCGACGACGAAGCUGCUCAUCACUGGUCUUCGUACGAUCCCACUAUCACCGACCCGGACCUUGAGGUUCUCGCCUGCGAGGAAGAGUGCGAACUCGAUGGUGAACUAGAUGACCCUUUGUUCGUCAGCCCAGGCAAUAGGGAAGUCAGUCGUUUCCUUGAUCCGAUGAUCGGAGGGGCGGUGCAUGGUGCUACGAGACCGGGCCCAAGUGGGAGGGGAUGGACGAGAAAGCAUAAGGAGGUGAUCAUCAAGAAAAUCCCAGGAAGUCAGUUUGAGAAAUAUGAUCGAAUACUGCAGGAGUUGAGGAAGGCAGAUAAGCGGGCCAUGAAAUGAGUGUUGUAGUGAAGGGGUCUACCGGCCAGGAAUUACUUUCUGCAUAAAAGACCCCUUGUUGUCCGUGGUUUGCCAAUUUCAACCCGGUAUGGAGUUAGCAUACAUUGAAUAUGGCUUGUUAGG